AUGAAAGCUUCCACAUUGUUAUCUGUGUUUAUUACACUUCAGACUGUAAGCGCUUUACCGUAUGAAUGGUCUUGGUUGAAAAACGCUCAAUCUGUACUUUCCUUCUCCUCGAACAAACCUUGUCUUAUCAAGCUCGGUCCCAUCGAAUAUGCAGUUGUUAGCGAAGAAGAAAAGUUGCAAUUGAAGCGUGAAAAGAUCAACUUCAUUGAUGUCACUAGCCAUAUCUCCGUCGAGGAAGCAAUCCAGAAAGGAUCAGUACUUAAACAAGGUGAAUUUGAUUCUGUUUUGCAAUUGGCUAUUUCAAGCAAUGAUGAGGAACCUGUUGCCGCCUACAACUACCCCCAAAAGGCUAAACAUGAAAAGAAUGUGGUGCCAUUCUUUAAGGAUAUUGAUGUUGAAUCUAUGAAAAGCAAUUUAAAUAACUUUACUUCUUUCUAUACCAGGUACUACAAGUCGAAGACCGGUUUUGAACUGGCUCUUUGGUUACAAGGAAAGAUAAAUGAAAUAAUCCCUGCUAAUGCCGUUAAGAAAGGUAUCACCGUUACACCAGUGGAUCACCAAGAAUGGGACCAAUUCUCCCUUGUAGUAACUAUUCCAGGAAAGGGUUAUACCAGUACAGAAAAGGGCCCAAUUGUCAUUAUUGGAUCCCAUCAAGACUCUGUCAACUUGUUAUUCCCAAACGCGAUGCCUGCACCAGGUGCUGAUGACAAUGGUUCUGGUACUGUCACCUGUUUAGAAGUGUUAAGGUUACUCGCCGAGCAAUAUAGUACUGGUGAAUUUGCCCCAGAGAAUACCUUGGAAUUCCACUUCUAUUCAGCGGAAGAAGGUGGUUGUCUCGGAUCAAUUGAUGUUUUCACUCGCUACAAGAUUGCAGGAGAAGAAGUUUUCGGUAUGUUGCAACAAGACAUGACUGGAUAUACUGCAAAAGUUACGUCCGAAGGUGUCGAAAAUCACUUAGGUCUCAUCACUGAUUACACCACUUCAUUUUUAAACAAUUUUGUAAAACUCAUGAUUGAUACUUACUGCAACAUCCCAUACCAUGAAAGUUCAUGUGGUUAUGCAUGUUCAGACCAUUCUUCCGCUAUUUCCAAUGGAUUUCCUGCCAGUUUUGUCAUUGAAUCUGAAUUCAAGUAUAUCAGUGGGUACAUCCAUAGCAUCAGGGAUACGGUAGAUAAAAUUGACUGGGACCAUGUGGUUGAACACGUUAAGUUGACCAUUGGAUUCGCUUAUGAAUUAAGUCAUGCAAAGGUAAUCAAAACUAAGGAUUAA